CAGAUGCAGAUGCUCCGCGCUUGGUCCCGCAUAUGCUGUAAAAAAGAUGCUGGCUGUUCUCGACUGCUGAGUCAUGGACUGUUGACUUACAUUAUUUAGAUCAAUACACCUCAAAGCUGGUCUGCAGGUCUGGGGGCUCAGUGUGCUUUAGAUCCACUGCGAGUCCCCGGGUUGGCAUGAACAUGCAUUUCUAGAUUCAAAUCAAAGCAGAAACCGAGGCUCUGAGGCAGCACCGCCUGCCCUACAUCUCCUCUUAUUAUGAUUGCAGCAGCGUUUCUGGUUUUACUGAGACCUUACAGUAUUCAAUGUGUCCUGCUCUUAUUGCUGCUCUUGUUGGGAACUAUCGCUACGAUUUUGUUUUUUUGUUGCUGGCAUCGCAAGCUUCGUAAUGGGAAACAUCCUAUGAAAUCUGUUUUUUCAGGACGUUCAAGGAGUCGCGAAGCUGGUCUCCGGUCGCAUCAUUUCCGAUCCGAGGGUUACAGGCAGAGUCCCCGCCAUGCGAGACGGAGCGCCAGAGCCCGAGUCCAAGAGGAGAGCAAGUCGCUAGUGGAGAUUCCCGAAAGCGAGCAAGAGUCUUCAGCCCGGAAACGAAAACCCAAGAAGAGAGUUCAGCCCGAAUUUUAUCAUUCUGUUCAAGUUACUCCUACACGGAAACCCAGCUCUGGGUCCGGGAACGCUUCUCAUCGCUGUUCCAUGUCUUCAUCUGUGGAUUUUUCGGAUGAGGACGAUUACAGUCUGAAGUCGGGGUCGGUUUCCCCUGCGCCCGGGGACACGCUACCGUGGAACCUCCCUAAACACGAGCGAUGCAAGAGGAAGAUCCACGGAGGGUCCGUUCUGGACCCGGCAGAAAGAGCCGUCCUCAGGAUAGCUGAUGAAAGAGACAGAGUACAGAAAAAGACGUUCACAAAAUGGAUAAAUCAGCAUCUCAUGAAGGUACGGAAGCAUGUGAAUGACCUGUAUGAAGAUCUUAGAGAUGGACAUAACCUGAUCUCCUUGCUGGAAGUCUUGUCUGGGGAGUCACUGCCUCGGGAGAAAGGCAGAAUGCGUUUCCACAGACUGCAGAAUGUGCAGAUCGCGCUGGACUUUUUAAAAAAGCGACAGGUGAAGCUGGUCAACAUCAGGAAUGAUGACAUCACUGAUGGAAACCCCAAACUCACGCUGGGCUUGAUAUGGACCAUAAUUCUGCACUUUCAGAUCUCCGAUAUCCACGUCACGGGGGAGUCCGAGGACAUGUCCGCCAAGGAGAAGCUGCUGCUGUGGUCCAGGCAGAUGACAGAAGGCUACGUCGGCGUGCGCUGCGAGAACUUCACUACCUCCUGGAGGGAUGGGAGGCUAUUUAAUGCAAUUAUUCACAAGUACAGGCCGGACCUGGUUGACAUGAACAGAGUUUCUUCUCAGAACAGCCGAUCAAACUUGGAGCAGGCGUUUUCUGUAGCAGAACAGUUAGGUGUCGCAAGACUUCUUGAUCCGGAGGACGUUGAUGUGCAGUCUCCUGACGAGAAGUCUGUCAUCACAUAUGUUUCAACCCUGUAUGAUGUUUUCCCCAAAGUGCCAGAGGGUGGAGAGGGCAUCAGUGCCAAUGACGUUGAUAUCAAAUGGGUGGAAUAUCAGAACAUGGUAAAAUACCUCAUGCAGUGGAUCAAACAUCAUGUGACCGUAAUGUCAGAUAGAAUGUUCCCGAACAGUCCUGUGGAGCUCAAGGCACUUUAUAACCAGUAUUUGCAGUUUAAAGACAGUGAAAUUCCACCGAAAGAGAAUGAGAAAUCCAAAAUCAAGCAGCUCUAUAAAAUGCUGGAGGUGUGGAUUGAGUUUGGCCGCAUAAAGCUACCCCAGGGAUAUCACCCGAAUGAGGUGGAGAAGGAGUGGGGAAAGCUGAUCGUUGGCAUGCUCGAGAGAGAGAAGAGCUUAAGGCCAGAAGUCGAGAGGCUUGAAAUGCUGCAGCAGAUUGCAAACAGGGUGCAACGUGACUGUGUGGCCGGAGAAGACAAGUUAGUGCUGGCACGCAAUGCCCUUCAGUCCGAUGCAAAGCGACUGGAGUCCGGAAUACAGUUCCAGAAUGAAGCGGAGAUUGCUGGAUAUUUGCUGGAAUGUGAGAACCUUCUUCGACAGCAAGUUGUUGACAUCCAAAUUCUUCUGGAUGGGAAAUACUACCUUGCGGAUCAGCUUGUUCAGCGAGUGUCGAAGAUUCGGGAUGACCUCCUGACUCUCAAGGCAGAGUGCUCUUCGGUGUACAGUAAAGGCCGCACUCUCACGACAGAGCAGACCAAGCUGAUGAUUUCAGGAAUAACCCAAAGCUUGAACUCGGGGUUCUCACAGAAUCUCAACCCGGGCUUGACGCCGUCUUUAACGCCUGGACUGAUGCCAGGGGUGUCCCCCGGACUCACCACUGCCUUCACUUCCAGCCUGAGCCCGAGUCUGACUCCCUCCUUCACGCCAGCCAUGACCCCUGGACUGCAGCCCCUGGCGGUGCAGAGUUACGCGGGGGGAAUGGACUCGGGAGCACUCCAGCAGCUGAAACUCAUGCAAAUCCGGAAACCCCUCAUGAAGUCCUCGCUGGCUGACCCCAACAUGACGGAGGAAGAGGUCAACAUGAAUUUUGUGCAGGACCUCUUGAACUGGGUCGAAGAAAUGCAGGUUCAACUGGAUCGUGCCGAGUGGGGAUCAGAUUUACCAAGUGUGGAAUCGCACUUAGAGAAUCACAGGAAUGUCCACGGAGCAAUUGAGGAGUUCCAAAUGAGCCUUAAAGAAGCCAAAAUUAGUGAGAUCCAGAUGACCUCUCCCCAGAAGCUCAGUUACUCUGAGAAGUUGAACAAGUUAGAAAAUUACUAUGGAAAAUUGCUGAACACAUCGAGGAGCCGCCAGAAGUACCUGGAGAGCCUGCAGGACUUCGUGUCGAGAGCCACGCAGGAGCUCAUCUGGCUGAAUGAGAAGGAGGAGGAGGAGGUGGCUUAUGACUGGAGCGACAGAAACAGCAACAUGGCCAAGAAAAGAGAUUACCAUGCUGAUCUCAUGAGAGAACUUGAUGAGAAAGAAGGAGCCAUCAAGUCUGUUCAGGAGAUAGCCGAACACCUCCUCCUGGAGAACCAUCCAGCCAGGCUGACCAUUGAAGCUUACAGAGCUGCGAUGCAGACGCAGUGGGGCUGGAUUCUACAGCUGUGUGGCUGUGUCGAGCAGCACUUGAAAGAAAACGCUCUCUAUUUUGAGUUUUUCAAUGAUGCCAAAGAAUCCUUGGAUUAUCUGAAGAAUUUGCAAGACGCCAUCCAAAGAAAAUAUGGUUGUGACCGAUCCAGCAGCCUACAUAAAUUAGAAGAUCUGAUUCAGGAAUCCAUGGAUGAAAAAGAACAGCUUCUUCAGUACCGCAGCACUGUGGCCAGCCUGGUAGGGAGAGCCAAAACAGUAGUCCAGCUGAAGCCUAGAAACCCAGACAGCCCCAUCCGAACCUCCAUCCCAGUCAAAGCCAUCUGUGACUACCGGCAGAUUGAGAUAACUGUCUAUAAAGAAGAUGAGUGUGUCCUGGCCAGCAACACUCAUCGUGCCAAGUGGAAGAUUAUCAGCCCCACUGGGAACGAGGCGAUGGUGCCUUCUGUGUGCUUCACUGUCCCUCCACCUAACAAAGAAGCCAUCGACAUGGCCACCAGGAUCGAGCAGCUGUAUCAGAACGUGCUGACCCUGUGGCACCGGUCUCAUAUAAACAUGAAAAGUAUAGUAUCCUGGCGUUACUUGAUGAAUGACAUUGAAGCAAUUCGCAAUGGAAAUGUUGCCUCGAUAAAGACCAUGUUACCAGGUGAGCACCAGCAGGUCCUGAGCAACCUGCAGUCUCACUUUGAAGACUUCCUCGAGGAUAGCCAGGAGUCGGAGAUUUUCACUGUGUCGGACAGGGCGCAGCUGGAGAGGGAAGUGGAGAUCUGCAAAGAGUUCUACAAGGACCUCCUCAAGUCUGCAGAGAGAGAGGAGCAGGAGGAGUCUGUGUACAACCUGUUCAUCUCGGAGGUGCGAAACUUUCGCAUGCGUCUGGAGGGCUGUGAGGAGCGGCUGAUCCGACAGAUCAGGACCCCCCUGGAGCGGGACGACCUACAGGAGAGCAUCCUGCGCAUCUCCGAGCAGGAGAAAUAUAAGAAAGAACUGGACAAGCUGAAGGAGGACUUGGAGACCAUGAAGGAGAAAUGUGAGGUGUUUGUCAGCCAGGCCUCGUCUUCUCCCUCGGUGCCAACGCUGUCCUCGGAGCUCAAUGUGCUCAUCCAGAACAUGAACCAGGUCUACUCCAUGUCCAGCAUCUACCUGGAGAAGCUGAAAACUGUGAGCCUGGUGUUGAAACACAGCCAGGGGGCUGAGGCCGUGGUGAAACUGUAUGAGACCAAGCUCUGUGAGGAAGAUGCUGUGAACGCUGAUACAAAAGCCAUUGAAAUUGUCAUGAGCACACUAAAGCAAUGGCGUACAGAAAUCGAUGAAAAGAGGGAAGUCUUCCACGACCUGGAGGACGAACUGCAGAAGGCCAGGUCUGUCAGCGAUCGCAUGUUUAAAACACACAACGAGCGGGACUUCGAUCUGGACUGGCACAAGGAGAAGGCCGAUCAGCUGGCAGAGCGCUGGCAGAAUAUUCACUCCCAGAUCGAAAGCAGGCUUCGGGACCUAGAGGGCAUAUCCAAAUCCCUGAAGUACUACAGAGACACGUACAGUGGCCUGGACAGGUGGAUCAAGGAGAUGGAAGCCACUCAGCUGAAAAUGCAGGAGAACCAACCAGAAGACAGCAAAUCCCUUGCUGAGCUGCUCAACCAGCAGAAGGUCCUCGUCUCGGAAAUCGAACUCAAACAAAGCACGAUCGAUGAAUGUCAGAAAUACGCUGAGCACUACUCUGCAGCCGUCAAGGAUUAUGAGCUCCAGUUAAUGACCUACAGAGCCAUGGUGGACUCGCAGCAGAAAUCUCCCGUCAAGCGCCGCCGCAUGCAGAGCUCAUCAGAUGUAAUUAUACAGGAGUUUAUGGACCUGCGAACCCGGUACACUGCCCUGGUGACCCUGAUGACGCAGUACGUGAAGUUUGCUAGCGAGACCUUGAAGAGGACAGAGGAGGAUGAGAGAAAAAAGGCAUUGGACAAAGCCGACCACACAACCUGGUCAGAAAACCUGGAGCUGCAAAAAGCCAUGAGUAACGAAGAAACGUUAAGGCUGAGACAGCAGGUGCGGGAUCUAGAGGGUGCUUUAGCCGAGACCUCGCAUCAGAAAGAAAGUCUGGAAAGCGAGAUCCAGAAACAGAAGAAGGUGACCGAGGAGUUGAAGCUGCAGAAAACGGCUGCGGAGUACAAAGCAGAGCAGUGUCGGCUGGAGCUGGAAGCCUCUGUGAAAGGCAAGGCGGCCCUGGAGCAGGAGCUGGCUUAUGUGCGCCAGCUCGUCCUGCAGUCCGAGGCAAAGCGCUCAGCGGUGGAGGAGCACCUGAGGAUGCUGAAGAGUAAGAUUGAGGAGAGCACGCUGGCCAGGAGGCGGCUGGAAGACCAUCUCAGGAGGAAAGACACCGAUGUCCAAGAUCUGGAGCAGCACAGGAGAGCUUUGGAAGGAGAAUUAAAAUCCAAAGAAGCUGCAGAAGCAGAGCUCUUGAGUCAGUUGAGGCAGCUGGAGCAAGACGUUGCUCAGCAAUCAGAAGCCAGAAUGCUUCAGGGUGAGAUGCGUUUUUCCAUUGCGCGGGAGACGGUCCAGCAGUCUUCCUUUUCCAGCAGCAGCCAGUAUCUGAACGUUGACAGGGAAGCUGUAAUGGCUCACCAGGAAACCGAGGCAAGGAAGGCAGAAGCUCUGCAGCACAAAGUUGAGGAGCUCACACUGGGAAAGAAGAGAGCUGAAAAUGAAAUUAAGAACUUGAAAACUGAACUGAACUCCCUCACGCUGCAAAAACACGCAUCGGAAGAAAAGGCGCAGCGUUUUAAAGAGCUCAUGGAAGCCGCAAACACAAAGCUGAAACAGCUCCAGCUGGAAGCAGAGUCACUUAGGAAUAACUCUAAACAGAAAUCUGAAGAGGCGAGGCAGGAGGCGAGUGAGCUCAAGAAAUCUGUUUUCCGCUUCCAGGAAGAAAUCAAAACUCUUCAGCGGGACAAAACUUCCUUGGAACAAGAAGCCCUUUUCUACAAGACAGAGGUAGAGGGACUGAAGGACCAACUAACAAUAAAGCGAGAAAAGUUGCUUCAGAUAAACUCUAUUGAACAGGAGAGUAACCAGAAAACAAGAUAUUUAGAAGAUGAGCUCUUAAGCAAACAGGCUGAAGGUGAUAAACUCAAACUUAAGAUUAAUGAAAUCACAAGAAUAAACGUCAAAUUAGACAGUGAUAUCAGAAACCUGAAGAUUAAUAUUGAAUCCCUUAAACAGGAAAAAGCUUUUAGUGAGCAAAAACUGAAGUCCCACAAAAGUGAAAUGGAUAGUAUGAGAGAGCUGCUUGAAAAGGCCAAAGAAGAAAAUACUUGGAAGUCAAAGGCUGAACAAGAGAAUCAGUUAAAACUCCGAAACCUUGAAAGUGAGCUGACCAAGAGCAAUCAGAUGGUGAUUCAACUGAAAGAAAAGGUGGAAGAGCUGAAAAACAUGAACCUCGAAACCGAGCAGUCCAUGAGGAGUGUGAAAUGUGAGUUAGAAAAGGUCUAUAUGGAAAAAAGUAGCAUGGAACAACAUAAUAACAUCUAUAAAUCCCAGGUGGAGAGCUUAAAAUCUCAGUUAAAAAUUAUUGAAGAUGAGCUUCAGAAGAAAAGCCAGACUUCACACGAACUUCAGCUUAAAUUAAGGGACUACAAUGAUGAAAUGAAGAAAACAGCUGAACUACAGCAGAAGAUCCAGUCUCUUAAUGUGAGCAAUGCCAGCUAUGAGAAGGACCUCAGAAACCUAAGGUCUGAGCUCACUACAGUAAACAUGGAGAAGAAGCAGGCUGACCAGAAAGUCCAGACUCAGAAGGCCGAAAUCGACGAGCUGAAUAUGAAACUGAAAAGACUGAAAGAGGAACUCCAGAGGGAGAGCCAAGAGGGUAGGAAAAACAGCUCUAAAAUUAAAGAGCUUGAAAAUGAACUACAAAAAUGUAGAAUGAAAAUGAAAGAAAUGAACACAAGCUCUGAAAAAUCUAUAUCAAAUUUUAAAAUGGAAAUUUUAGCCCUUCAGAAGGAGAAGACCGCUGCUAUAGACAAAGCCCAGUCACUGGCAAUUGAAGUGACUUUGUUAAAGGAGAGAUUGGAGAGAGCUCAGGAAGACAUCAAACAAAGGCAGAAAGAAGGCAUAGCCGAUCAGCAGAAAUCCCAAAAACAGGAAGAACAACUGGAGAACUGCAAGAAGAUGCUGGAGGAAUUGAAAAGCAAACUUGAGUCGCAGAAAAAGGCUCAUGAACGGCAGCUGCAGUUGUUUCAAAGUGAAAUGGAGCAGAAGCUGAAAUUAAAAGAGUCUGCUGCAAAACUGGAGUUUGAUAAGAAGUCAAGAGAACAUUUACAGAGCGCAGAAACUGCUGGAAGGGAAGUCAAGUACUUCCGGCAAGAGAUCGAACAGCUGAAAGCCUUCAAUCAGAACACGGCGAAGAAGAAGCAGGAGGCCGAGCAGGAAUUGCAUACGUUGCGUGUGAAGGUCGGACAAGCAGAGAAAGACCGGACCAUGACAAACCGCGAGCUCAUGAAUGCAAAAACCUACAUCGCCGAAUUAGAGAAUGAGCAAGUCAAAUUGAAAGCUAACGUCACUCAGACGGACAGUAUCCGAAAAGAAACCACUCUGGAGAAUUCGAGGCUUAAACACACAUUAGCCGAGAUGGAAAGAAAGCAAGUGAUGGGAGAAAAAGACGUUCACUCUCUCAAAGAGCAGAUUGCUAGCUAUAAGAAGGAGAUAGGCAGCCUGCAGGAAAAGGUAUCCAAGCUUGAGGCAGCAGUAAGUGCAGAAAAUAAGAAGGCUAAAGAACUGGAGAUGAGUCUGAAUCAAAGAAAUCUUCAGAGCUCCAAGGAAACAAUGAUUUUGCAGAAAGCUGAUGAGGAAGUUGCGACCCUGAGAAAUGAACUGCAAAUAACAAAGCAAAUUGUGAUAUCUCAUGAAGAGUUGAAGCUAAAACAGGAAGAGGAAUUAAGGAAAAUUAAACUAUCCUUGGAGAUUGCUAAACUGGAGAAGAAUAAGCUGAUGGAAGAAUUGAGAAUGUCACAGCAAGGAAAGGAGAAUGUUUGCAAUGAACAGGAUCUUCUGAAAGUCCGACGCACAGAGCCAGAGCCUGUGCUUAACAUCCUUGCAAAUUCGUACAGUUUUCAGACAUCGCAGGUUAUAGAAAACAAGAACCUGCAUGGAGACUCCAACUCUGUGAACACACAAAUGGAAUAUAUGCUCACAAACAAAAGCUCUACAUCUGACAUGGCGCACUCGUUGGUGAUCAUAAAGAAUGCCAGCAUCCAGAACACUACAGACACUUUCUCAUCUCACUAUCAAGACCUGAGAACCCCCCAGAUAGCAGAAUCUUCUCAGGGUCAGAGAGAUUUGGUGAAAAGGGAUGACUGGGACCUGACUAGGGGAGAAGACAAAUUCAAAUUCCAAGGGCUCAGGUAUGGCGUUAGUGCCAGACAGCUGAUUGAAGCCAAACUCUUAGACAACGAAAUAAUCCAAAAACUAGAAUUAGGCCUGAAGACAGUUGAAGAGGUACAGAUGUCUCUUGAAGAUUUUAUGAGCAAAAAGUCGGCCAUAGCUGGGCUAUACUUAGAAUCGAAUAAGAAAAAGGUUUCAUUUCUGGAGGCAGCCACUCAAGGCUUCAUAGCCAAAGCUUAUGCUACUGAGUUCCUUGAAGCACAAGCAGCAGCAGGGUUCAUAAUCGAUCCAAUUUCAGGCAAGAAGUAUUCAGUUGAGGAAGCACUUAAGUAUGGCGUCAUCGAGGAAGAUUUAAGAGACAAGCUGCUAGAAGCUGAGAAGGCAGUCACUGGGUAUUUGCAUGCUGGUAAAACGCUGUCAGUGUUUCAAGCAAUAGAACACAGGCUUCUCGAAAGGCACAGGGGCAAGAAAAUCAUCGAAGUGCAAAUAGCGACAGGGGGAGUGAUUGACCCACAGAGGAGCAUUCGGCUGCCUCCAAAUCUCGCGGUCGAUCUGGGCAUUUUAAACAGGGCCACUCUGCAGCACCUGUACGAGCCAAUAAGCAAUCCUAAAGGGUUUCACAAUCCAGACACGGGGCAGACGAUGUACUACCUUGAACUGAUCAAGAUGUGUGUAUUUGAUGUUGAUAGCGGAGUUUUCCUCUUGCCCUGUGGCAACAGGCAUAUCACACGUGUCUCUCCAGACAAGGGUCCUAGAACUUCUGUCAUCAGCAGCAGGGCAGGCACAGAGAUGACAACAUACGAGGCCUAUCAAAACAAACACAUUGACAAAAAGACAUACCUGGACCUCUCAGGAGAGGAGAGUGAUUGGAAAGAAAGUUCCACUUCAGAUGCAAGCGGAGCGCCGUUACACUUUUUGACCGACAGCAAAAGUGGGCGGCAGUUUUGUAUCAAAGAUGCUAUUGGAAAGGGGAUCAUUGGGAACACAGAAUGGAACAGCUAUAAAGACGGUAGAAUAACAAUCAAUGAGCUCGCUGACACACUGAUCACACGGCACACUGUGCCUCGGGAUCCAAACAGUCCUAUUGCUGGAGUGUGGGACUCCACUGCCAACAAACGCAUUUCAAUUCUGAAAGCUCUGCAGCAAAAUCUCCUUGACAGGCUCACCGCUGUGAGGCUCCUGGAGGCUCAAGCCUGCACUGGGGGCAUUAUUGAUCCAUCCACGGGACACACGUUUGCCAUCCCUGAGGCUCUCCGGCGUGGCCUCCUGGAUGAGACUUUGGCUCGUCAAAUCCAGCAAGCCGAGCAAGCCUACACUGGCAUUGCCCACCCCCAAACCAAGAAGGCCCUGUCCUUGGCAGAAGCGAUGCAAAUGAAUCUGUUCAGCAAAGACGCUGGUUUCAGGUACCUGGAAUUUCAGUCUUUGAGUGGUGGACUGAUACACCCAGAAACGCAUGCCAGAGUCACGAUGGAAGAUGCGGUCAGGAACGGCCUCAUCGAUGCAGCCACUGCCAUGCAGCUGAAUGAUGAGAAGUCUCGCACAAGAAACCUAACGUGUCCAAAAACAAAAAGGAAAAUAUCUUUCAAGGAUGCUUUGGACAAAGGAAUUUUUGACUCUCACACUGGGCUGAGAUUAUUGGAAGCGUCUAAACCUCACAGUGUUGGCAGUUUGACUCCUCGGUACUUUAUUUGGGCGUACAAAUCAGUAGAGGAGGAGAAGAAAGAGCACAAUGAGAAAGUUAGCAAACUGUUAAACUGGGUAUCCGGUGCGAAAACAUGCCAGGGUAAAGAAGACAAGGCUUUUCAAGAUGGCAAAACUGGCACAAGAGAGACUUCUAGUAAGCCCCAGAUCUCAGCAGAAGAAAUAGCAGCCAAGAAGGAACAAAUUGCUGAGGCUUUGAACAGCACUCAGGUGCUUCUGGCUAAACACAGUGACAAAAUGUCAGAGGAAGAAAGGCAAGAAACCAAAGAGCAACUGAGGUCUUUACAGCAGGCGUACAGUGACCUGUCUCAGCAGGGCCUUGGCCAGCUUCAAGCACAGCAGAGUCUGCCAGCUGAACAGGACUUUCAAACCAUUGAAGGCAUCAUAGAUCUGGAGAGCGGAGCUGUAUAUUCUGUAUGUCGAUCUGUGCAGAAAGGCUUAAUUGACUAUACAACUGGAAUCCGACUUCUUGAGGCCCAACUGAUUACCUCUGGACUGAUUCUUCCUGAAUUCAGGAUGUGUUUGGAUUUGGAAGAUGCUUUUAAGCACAGUCUGGUGGAUGAACAGGUUUAUCUGCAAUUGCAAAAGCUAAAUGAAGCUAACAAGUGGAUUAUGAAUGCACAGUAUUCAUCAGAGCCACUUCCAGUAGUAGCUGCCUUUAAAGGAGGUGCUUUAUCAGAACAGCUCGCUAUUAAGGUGAUCGAGAUUAAGCUGGCAUCGGGGGGACUAAGAGUGACUUAUACAGGGGACGUCCUGAGUCUGGAGAAGGCUUUUCAGAAAGGGAUGAUUCCACCACCUCUCUUCAUCAAGAUUCUUGAAAGACAAAACACAUGGAAGGAUCUGAUAGAUCCCAACACUGCGGAAAAGGUUUCGCUUGUGCAGCUCAUUCAGAGAAGCGUCACUUAUGAAGAGACUGGUCUGCGUUUGUUGCCGGUGAAGAAAGGUAGAGAUGGUAAAAUAGCUCUGAAAUCGGGCAGAGAGAUCAGCGUUUUAAGGGCUGUCCACGAAGGCCUCAUAGAUCGAGAGACAAUGUUCAGGCUGCUGGGAGCUCAGCUAUUUGCGGGAGGAUUAGUCGACCCCAAAACAGGACACAAGCUCAGUUUAGAAGAAGCCUUGAACGAAGGCCUGAUAGAUCAAGAUACUGCCUCUGGAAUUCUGAGCUAUCAGGCACAAAAUGGAGGAAUUGUCAACCCUCACACAGGGGAUAGAUUAACUGUUGAUGAAGCUGUUCAAUGCAAUUUAAUCAGCUCUAGCAGUGCUCUCCUAGUGCUGGAAAAGCAGAAGGGAUUUAUGGGAUUUAUCUGGCCUCAUUCUGGUGAAAUAUUAACAGUGUCAACCUCACUGCAGCAUGAGGUGAUUCCAAACCAGCUCACUUAUAAACUGCUAAAUAACAGGCAAAAAAUAGCAGCCUUUUAUAUUCCCGAGAGCUCAGAGGUAGUUGGUAUUGAAGAUGCAGCAAAGGAAGGUUUAAUAGACAGGACUACUGCUAAUGUGUUAAUGUCUAUAGAAAUACCCGAUGUUUUUCCUGAUAUAGAAGAUUUAAACAAUAAAAUUUCAUCAUGGUUGUCUCUGCGUGAGGUCCAGAUUGAAGGACCACAACAGUCGUCACAAGAUAUUGAAAUUUCAGAACUGGAAAAAAACUGUCCAUCACCCACAGAAGCCAAGGAAUUAUUUAUUUCAUACAUCAUGAUGAACAGUUACAUGGAUCCCAAAUCAGGACAGAGGCUACUGAUAUAUGAUGGGCAAUUGACAAAAAUGACCCAUCUUUUUGCAGAAAAUAUUGAAGAGCCAAACAGAGAACAGGAGCAUGAUAUUCUGUGCAAUGUCGUUUCGUCCCCUGUGAAUUACAGUGAUGUUCAACAGUCUACUGAAACUAUCCUAGAUAAUAUGCACAUCAAACAUAAUUUGCCACGUAACGAAGAUAGUUUAAGAAUUGAACAGAAGCAGCACACUUCAGGAUGGCAUUCUUUUCUUCGGACUGAAGAAAAUGUUUGUGACACAGAGGCCACAAUGUGUAGUGUAGGGGAGAAGAAAGGAGUGAAUUACAGUGAUGUUGGUUUGGAAAUAGAUCUUAAUUCUGGUGGCAAUGAUAAAAUGACUUUAUCAGGGCUGACAAGGCCUGAUUCAGAUUCUGAUCUGCCUAGAACUACGCUUUACAUUGAGGAGGGUGAUAAUGAGCAAAUAACACCUGAAAAUAAAUCUGUGGAUAUAACCGUUCUAGAUGAACCCGAUAUGCGACACAGUGAGCCAUCAAACACACGUGACAUCAUAGAAACAGACGUGAGAAGUGAGGGAAUCACGGAACCUGAGACAAGGGGCGCAGACAUUCCUGAGGAAACUGUUGAUAUUUUGUUUUCAAGGGAAAUUGUUUCUGGAGAAACAGAUCUGCAGCAACCCCAAGCCCUGGCUGGCUUAGAGCAUUCAGACCAAGCAAAAGACAUGUCUCAGAGUUUGACAUUGCCUGGGACAUCGGGCAUAAAUGUGAAAAACAAAGAGGUGCACAUCCUUUUGGAGAGAUCCAGACAGCAGCAGUCGGAGCGACACUUUGCAGCUCAGCUUUUGAAAGUUCAGGUGGAAGAAGGUGGAAUUUUGGAUGUUACAUCUGGAAAGCGGUAUUGUCUUAGUGGAGCCCUUGAAAAGGGGCUUAUUGAUGAGGAGACGGCAAGAGAUAUUUUAACUCUGCAGGUACAGGAAGGAGGAAUCUUUAAUCGGCAGAUGGGCACAAGCGUGUCCCUUAGGGAAGCUGUGGCUAGUGGUUUCAUACCACCUCACAUUGUUCCUCAGGUUAUAGAGCAGUUGGGUGGUCCCUGUGACUCAAAUGAUGGAAAAACUGUUACAGUUAGUGAGGCAUUGCCACAAGGUUUAAUAAAUAAAAAUGUCACUGAGAAUCUUUUAAAAUAUGAAAAGGCUACUGGUCUUGAAAUUGACCCAGGUAGGAGUGUUGCUCAAGCAAUAGGUCACGGUCAUCUUGAUGAUGUCAGUGCUAAUAUGCUGUUCAAAGGACAGGUGAUUUCUGAUGGGUGUGUGGAUCCUAAACAGGAAAAUGGGAAACCAGAGAUUACAACAGCUCACCUUGAAGAGAAAGACAAGCAACAUGCUGACUUUUUUGCAAAAACUGAAGGAAAAAGUCAAAGCAUAAAUGAACCAGAAGAGAUGAAACAGAUACAUUUUCAGAUGGAAAUAUCUGGUGCUGCCAAUACUCAGCACAGUGAAGAUAUGUUUUUUCCGGAAGCUAUGAGCAAAGGAAUUCUUGAUAAGGAAACAGUUCGGUCCGUUUGUUCCAAACAGUUAGAGACGGGUGAUAUUACACAGUGUGCUUCAGGUCAGUGCUUCUCUGUAGAAUAUGCUCUACAGCAUGGCUUAAUAAAUGAAGACUUGACUGAUGAACAGUUUAAAACAGAAAUUUCAAACUUGAACAAGGAAGUAGUCUGCAAUACUUUACAUUCUUCUGAUUUAAGUCUUAAUCAAAAAGACUUACAGAAGAAUGCAACAUCAGAGCAACAAAGUGCUGGUGAAAAGUCAGUCAAUGAAAGCAGUGUCCCAUAUACCAGUCAAGUAGGUGUUAGUCAAUCUGAUGAAGUGUCUGGAAAGAGGUGUAGUGCAUCUAUUACAGAACAGUCUAGAGUCCCGAUUCAGAGGACAUCAGGUGUGUCCUGUGUCUCACAUGAAGAUGCCUUGUCUGAAGGGAAUCAAAUGGACAACUUCGGGGACAAUUCCAGUCCAUUCAGAAAUGCUGCAGUGGAGUCAGAACAGAAAAACAUUUCCCCCUUUGAAAGGAAUUCGCCCCCUCUUUCAGCUGACCCUGAAGCAGGUGUGAGGAGUGGUGAACUCUGCACUGACACAUCCCACUUGCAAACUAGUAAUCUGUUUUCAUGGGCUCAAGGUACAAAGUGUGACCGAGGGAGCAUUCAGGAAAGGGUCAAGGAUGGUGUUGACUGCCCCUCGGAUGAAAUGAUGUCUGCUCCAGCAAAGUGUGCUCAGACAGAGACAGCGGGUCAUGUCAUAAAAGUCUGUGACAACAUUCCUGUUGCCUCUGAGUUCAGUCUAUCAGAAAGUACAAGGCAAGAGAAUGAUAGUCUUUUACGGCACCAUGGACAUUUCUUGGAGGCAUGCUCUCAACAAUACGAAGAAAGUUCUCCUGAGAGUGAAACGUUAAACAGUGUGAGAGAUAACAGUUUGAAGGAUGUCUUUAAAGAAACUCUUGAUUCUGAGAAAAACGUCUCAGUAUGCACCACUGAAUUUCUGCCCGGCUCCAAAGCAGCACACACAGCAGAUGCAGGCACCUUAAAAAAUGACUGUAAUAAAAUGGGCUUUGAGUUAGACAGCUCUACGCUCAAAGCAUCCACAGUGAGCUGUAUUUUUGGUGAAAAUAGCACUUCAUCUGUGAAUCCUGUUCCGGAUCAUGGUGUGGAUGGAGAUGACUUUGCUGCACCACAAACGUCAGAUUUUUCCAGUGCAUUAAGGUCAAGGCUGCAGGAACUGGUGAAAAUGAAAGCGGAAAAUGCAGAUGUUCAUGUUUUACACAAAGCAGAAACCCAAGUCAUUGAGGACAUAAUCAGCAUGAUAAAAAAUGCCCAGGAUUCCAGUGGAAGAAUCGGUGACAGUUCAGCUUCAGGUAUUGAGGAGAAAGAGAUGCCUUUCAGUCACAUCAACAGCAGGAGUCCUGACCUGCUGGUUGACUUGCUAAAACAAGAGGCCCUCCGGUCAAAGUCCCGUGAGCAGCUGGGAGAUAAGGAAAGCCUGUCUUCUGAAGUGAAAGUCCUGGAUGCAAAGUGCACUAGUGUGGUAGAACAAAUCCAGUCACAGCUGCUGCAGAUGUUUCAGGCUGCAUCCCCUGCUGAAGACCCUGCGAUGAUCAGAGAAGUAGCUGAUGAACUCAGCAAUAUGGUGGGGAAUGGAAUUUGUGAAGAUGGAAGCCCAAACCUUCCUGAAGCUAAAAGAGAGAGAGCGGUCUCCACUGCAGAAGACAGAAGACAUUGCCCGCAAGAGCAGUGCUGCUCCAGUCCACCGAACGACAGCAUUCAUAUCGUCUUGCCUGAGGAUGACCUCACUGCAGACAACAGCAAUGAGUCUGACAGCACACCGCAGGCACCCAGUACUACACAAAUGUUUCUGGAAAGUGUUGGGAGACUUCAGGAUCAUUCAGAUGUUCUGGAAGACAUGAAAAAUGACUUGGAAAGCCAAGGCCUUGUGAGCAACAGCUUGGAGGCUCUCAAAAUACAACUUAAAGAAUCUCAGUGGCUAGAAUCUCAGCUUUCUGCACUGGCUGGCACGCUAACUACCGAUUUGAAGGCAGCGGAACAAUUAUUAAGGUCUGCUAAUGAGCACAUUCCCACACAAAUACGUAGAGAUCUGGAAACGGUCUCUACAGAUUUGCAGCAGGCUUUCUCUGAAGUUUGCAAAACGUCAUCAGAAAGGAGAAUUUCUGUAAUAGAAGCCAUUGACUCAGAAAAGUUAAAAUUAGAAGCUUCAAGUCAAGACCUCCUCAAUGUCCUUGAAAAGCUCUCCGUUUGCAUUCAUGAGACCUCUGAAACCGUUUCCAAUCUUGAUAUUAUGAACACUGAUGACUUGGAUACAGUGAAGUAUAGAAUUCAGCAAAAUAAGGACUUGGAAAACAACCUGUCUGUAACACAACAACAAAUUGAGGCCACGGGAUUUGAUGUUCAGUUCUUCAUAUCUGAACAUGCGCAAGACCUCUCUCCCCUCCAGAGCAGGCAGCUGUUGAAGUCUCUGAGUGCCACUCAGAGGGCGUUUAAAGACCUCAUGGAGAAAGUGUCUACCCAGAGACACACUCUGGACCUGCAUCUAGAAAUUAGACAAGACCAGAGUAAUAUGAAGAGCAUUACAGAGAAGCAGAAGGAAUACACCGAAAAACUGCAGGAGCUGUGUGAUCACAUGACGCAGACAGAAAAUCGCCUGAUCGGCCAUCAGCAGUCUGCUGUCACUGGUGAUAAUCUGGGGGAUCUUCAGCAGUAUCAGAAGGAGCAUCAGGCCUUGCAGAAAGAUGUGAAAGAUGGAGAGAGUGCUUUAGCAGAAGUGGUGAGGAGUACCAAGCAGUUCCUGGACGAGAACAGAGAUAAACUACAGCCAGAGCAAAUUGCAGUGAUUGAGAGCAAGUUGGAGGAGGCCAAGAGCAAGUCCAGACUGGUCAGUCAGCGGGCAGAGGAGUCCAGGAAGGAUCUAGACAAGGUUGUGACAACAGCAAUAAAACAGGAAACAGAAAAGUUGGCAGCGGGGGAACAGCUUGAAGAGAGCAAGAACAAAAUUGAAGGUCUUCUGGUCUGGCUGUCUAACAUUGGGAAAGACAAGGAAAAACAGGAGAACCUUAAAGACCAGGUGGCAAAACAGAAUGGAAACCUUCCCCUGGAACCUUCAGACGAGCUGGUCAUGGGAGAGGAGGACGAGGCCAAUGGGAACCUUCUCCAGACACAGGGGGACGAGCUCAGCGUUGUGGAUGGCAGAGAGAAAGACACCACCGGGCUGGACUUAGACAGGCAGUACGACAGGGUCAAGGCACAUCAUCAGGAGGUCUUGUCCCAGCAGCAGGGCCUCAUUGUUGCCACUCAGUCUGCCCAAGCUCUCCUCGACAAGCAGGCCCACAUGCUGUCGCCUGAGGAGAAGGAGAAGCUCCAGAGAGACAUCCAGGAGCUGAAGGACCGCUACGAAACCACGCUGACUGCUGCUGAGCACAAGCUGAAGCUCAUCCAGACGGUCCAGGAGGAACUCCGCAAGUUUGAGAGCGACUGCGGUGAAUUUGACACCUGGCUGCUUCAGUCAGAAGGGGAGAUGCAGGAGCUCAAGACGGCCACUUCGCAGCUCGAGGUUCUCGGAGAGAAGCUGAAGCGGCAGAAGAGUUUCUCAGAGGACGUCAUCUCUCACAAAGGAGACCUGAGGUUCAUCACCAUCUCAGGGCAGAGGGUGCUGGAUGCAGCCAAGUCCUGCAGCAAAACAGACUCCAGCAAAGACUCAGAGCUGGUUGUUGACACGUCUGGAGCGUGUGCUGCAGUCCAGGACAAGCUAGACUCUGCCGCAAGUCGCUACAAAGCUCUUCAUUCCCAGUGUAACCAGCUUGGAACCAGCCUCAGAGAUGUGGUUGAGAAGUACAAGAGGUAUGAAGACGCUUCGUCUGGACUUUUGAAGUGGCUGAAAGAUUCGGAAGAGGUGGCGAUGAAACAGCUGGCAGAGACAAUAGCUGUGGAUCUCCAGCACCUUCAGAAGCAGUUGGAGGAUACCAAGGCUUUGCAGGGACAAGUAUCUGGACGCCAAGCUUCUGUGGAGAUGCUAAGAACGGCAGCGGAAGCUCUAAUUGUGGCCGAGGGAGACUUGUUGACCAACCAGGACGCGAUCCAGGGGACAGUGGACGACAUUGUAGAGCGGUAUGACAACCUGUCCAAGUCGGUGAGUGACAGAAACGAGAAGCUGCAGAUCACCCUGACCCGCUCCCUGAGUGUCCAGGAUGGGCUGGAUGAGAUGAUGGACUGGAUGGGAGGGGUGGAGAGAAGCUUGGAGGAGCAAGAUCAAGUGCCUUUGACUUCAGCUGCUAUUCAAGACGUCCUCAGUAAAAACGCAGCUGUAGAGCAGGACCUCUUGAGCCGCCAGAGCAGCAUCUCCGCGAUGCGGGAGAAGGUGAACGCGUUCGCCGAGACGGCAGCCCCGCCCACGGCGGCUUCGCUCCGGGCCAAAAUGGACGCCCUAUCCCAGCGGUUCACUGACGCCUGUGACAAGCACAGGGAGAAGACCACCAGGCUGGAAGAGCUGAAGAAGAAAGUGGAGCUGUUCGAGAAGACCUCUGAGAGGGUGCAGCAGUUCGUGGACACGCGAUCCCAGGCACUUUCCGAGACAGAUGGGCCUGGAAAAAAUGUUAAUGAGCUUUCUCAGCUAAUGCAGAAAACCAAUGCUGAGUUAUCUCAACAUGCAAAGGAUGUGGAAAUGCUGCAAAAGCUGUCGAAAGAGCUUUCAGAGAUGAGCCCUGAGGGGAGCAAAGCUCAGAUUCAGGGCAAAAUGGAAACCCUCUCCAAGAACUUCAAAGCUUUCACAGACACCGUGAAAGAGAAAGAAGAAGAGGUUUCUUCCUGCCAGGGGCAACUAGACGCUUUUAAGUCAGCAGUUGAGACACUGAGAAAAUGGAUAGAAGAAUCGUCAGCUAAGGUCCCUGUGACCCAGCUACCAUGCAGUGUCCCGACCCUGGAGACGAACCUGCAGGCUGUGAAUGUCUUGUUGGAGGAGUGGUCUUCCCGAGCUCCUCUGGUUCAGGACAUUAACAGCAAAGGAUCUGAGCUCUGCAGUUUGAUCAGUGUCCUGACAUCUCCUGCCAAAACAAAGACAGCACCGAAGACAGGAUCAGCACUAAUAAACGUUGCGGGGCCAAGGACACAAGCCUACCUAACCAAUAAAGAGCUGACAGUUGUUCAGCACAACGUGUCCUACAUGAAUGAGGGCUACAAUGGUUUGGGAGCCCUUCUGCAGGGGAGGGCCCGUGAGCUGGAGGACUCGCUCCAGAAGGUCCGUGAGGCCCGUGAGGAGGGAGCUGUCCUGACGCAGUGGCUGGAGGACAUGAAGAAGACCGCGGCGUCCUGGGCUGCCAUCUCCACUGAAGCCGAGUCCAUGAAAGCACAGAUGCAGGACCAGAAGUUGUUUGAAGAAGAGCUGAAUCAAAGGCAAGGCAAACUGCAGCAGCUGAGAGAGAGGCUGCUGGACCUGAUUGAGAAAUACCCCGACUCCCCUGAAGCUGCAGAGUGGAAGCAGAUGCUGGAUCAGAUAGAUUCCACAUGGAAAGAUCUCAGUGGCCAGGUGGAGGACAGAAAGCAGAAGCUGGAGGAGUCCUCCAAACACCUCACCCAGUUCCAGACGGCAGAGGCCCAGCUGAGGCAGUGGCUUUUGGAGAAGGAGCUGAUGAUGAGCGUCCUGGGGCCACUCUCAGUGGACCCCAACAUGCUGAACACGCAGAAGCAGCAGGUCCAGAUUCUUCUGAAUGAGUUUGAAACCCGCAAGUCCCAGUAUGACCAGCUGAACGAGGCAGCACAAGGCAUGUUGAGCACUCCUGGGGCUCCCCCUCCGGCGAGCGCAGUGGUGAGGGAGCAGCUGGCCGCGGUGGCUGACAAAUGGCACCACCUAACGGGCCAGCUGAGCCAGAGGUCAGAGAAGAUCGGCCAGGCCAUCGCCAAAACCACCGCCUUCCAGAGCCUGCUCAAGAGCAUUUCGGACAAAGUGGGCAGCCUGGACAGUGAGCUGCGGGGCCAGCCGUCACUGAGCACGCAGCCCGACGCUGUUAAAAAGCAGCUGGAGGUUGCCCAUGGCAUCUGCUCCCAGCUGAGAGAAGAAAAGAAGCGCGUUAAAGAGGCAGAGACCCUCUGCUCGGAUCUCUCUGCGCUGGUGGGCGAAGACUACUUGAAGGCAGACCUUGCCCGGCAGCUGGAAAGUGUCAUGAAGCCGUUUAAAGAACUUGAAGAAAAAGCAGUAAACCGGAUACAACAGCUCAACUCUGCGUUCGCCAGCUCACAACAGUUCCACCAGAUGUCUAAAGAUCUCCAAAACUGGUUAGAUGAAAAAAUGCAUGAGCAGUCUCAGUCUCCCCUGAUUUCAGCUAAAGUUGAAACCCUGCAGCAGAACCUUAAGGAGCAUACUGAGUUCCAGAAGGCUGUGAGGGAGCAGGAAGCCCCAUUUGAAACACUAGUCAAGGAGGGAGAAGCCCUUUUACAAAGCACUCAAGGUGCUGAGAAAAUGGCUUUAAUGAGCCAGCUCUCGGCUUUGAAGUCAAACUGGGACGAGCUGAAGAAAAGCUCUGCAGAGCGGUUGGGCAAGCUGCAGGUCUGCCUUCAGAGGGCCCAGAAGUACAAAGAGCAUGUAGAAAAACUGAGCCCCUGGAUAGAGGAGUGUGAAACCAAGAUUGGUGAAGUAAACAUUUGCAUUGACCCUGCCAAAGUUGAGGACUCCAUCUCCCAGGUCAGAACCCUUCAGAAAGAUGUGGAUAAACACCGUGGCUUGCUGGAGCUGUUGAACAACGCUGCUGACAGCUUGCUGGAAGUCUCGCAGGCUGACGAAGAUGUCAUCAGAGAUGAGAAAGCUUCCAUUAACAAGAAAGUUGACAACAUGACUGAACAACUGCAGCUGAAGAAGGAUUCUUUGGAAGAGACUGUGCAGCGUCUGAAGGAGUUCAAUGAGUCCCAUAAAGAGGCUAAAGGCCAGUUGGAUGGCGCCAGAAAACAGCUAGAAGCCCAUGUCUCCCUUGGAGCCCAGGCUCACAGCAAUAAACAUUUCACCAACAUGAAGGCCCAGCAAAAAACACUUACUGCAUUAAAGACCCAGGUGGAUUACCUUAAGAACCUUGCUCAGGGGUUGGUGGUUGACAUUCCAGAUGCAACAGGGGUGAGCGAUCUACUGCUGCAGGUAGACUCUCUGGAAAAGGACUACAAAUUUGUCAACAAGGAGAUGGAAGAGGCUUGCUUGUCACUGGAAGCCAGGCUGCAGGGAAUCGGACAGUUCCAGAACAGCAUCAGAGAAAUGUUCUCUCAGUUUGCUGACUUUGACGAUGAGCUUGACAGCAUGGCUCCAGUGGGCAGGGACCUGGACACAUUGCAGUCCCAGAAAGAUGACAUCCAGGGCUUCAUCGGCAAGCUUCAGGAGCUGAUGACCAACACCGUCAAUGCCAACAUGAGCUGCAAGAAGAUGCUGGAGACUGAGGCUUCUCCUGACCUCAUAGGCUUGAAACGGGACCUGGAAGCUUUAAACAAGCAAUGCACGAAGUUAAUGGACAGAGCCAGAGGGAGAGAAGAACAGGUUGAAAGCACCCUCACCCGUGUGGAUGAACUGUAUAAGAAACUAAAAAAGUUCCUAGAAAAACUAGGGUUUGCUGAAGAACAUGAGGAAUCCCAAGGGCCUGUUGGAUUGGAGACUGAGACCAUCAAUCAACAGCUGGACACCUUCAAGGUAUUUCAGAAAGAAGAAAUUGAGCCCCUGCAACUGCAACUGCAAGACCUGAACUGGUUGGGUCAAGGCCUCAUACAAAGUGCUGCUAAGAGCAGCAGAACCCAAAGCCUUGAACAGGACCUGGAAGAUGUUAACACUAGGUGGAACACACUUAAUAAAAAGGUUGCUGAGCGAGCCACCCAGCUUCAUGAGGCCCUGCUGCACUGUGGGAGGUUUCAGGAUGCACUGGAGUCGCUGCUCAGCUGGCUGACAGAUACAGAGGACCUGGUGGCCAACCAAAAACCCCCUUCUGCCGAGUUCAAGGUGGUCAAGGCUCAGAUUCAGGAACAGAAACUCCUGCAGAGGCUGCUGGAUGACCGGAAACCCACGGUCGAGUUAAUUAAAAAUGAGGAAGGGAAAAUGUCUGAGCUGGCAGAGCCAGCGGACAAGGAGAAGCUUCUGAAAGAGAUCGUCAGCCUUGGGCAGCGCUGGGACACGCUGCUGAAGAAGGCAGAAAGCAGGCACCGACAGCUGGAAAGUAUCCUAGUGGUAGCACAGCAGUUCCAUGAGACCCUGGAGCCUGUUGCAGAGUGGCUAACAGCCACUGAGAAGCGACUGGCAAACUCGGAGCCCAUUGGGACUCAGACUAAAAAGCUGGAACAGCAGAUUUCACAGCACAAGGCGUUAGAAGAAGAGAUUAUGGGUCAUAGUAAAAACCUGCACCAAGCUCUAAGCCUUGGGCAGACUCUUAAGACUCUGAGUUGCCCUGAUGACAAGCAGCUGGUGCAGGCCAGGCUGGAUGCCACUCAGGCUCACUUCAUUGAGCUUCAGGAGAGGUGCAGGAGGAAAGCAGCCAUGCUCCAGCAGGCCUUCUCCAAUGCCCAGCAUUUCGGCGAGGAUGAAGUGGCUCUUAUGAACUGGCUAAAUGAGGUGCAUGAAAAGCUGAGUGACCUGUGUGUCCAGGACUACAACACGGAGGUGCUUCAGAAGCAGCAUACUGAGCAGCUGGCUCUUCACGAGGACAUCUUCCUCAGGAAACAGAAUGUUGAUUUAGCCAUUCAGAAUGGAUUGGAACUUCUGAAGCAGACUACAGGUGAUGAAGUUGUUGUUAUUCAAGGGAAACUGGAUGGAAUUAAAGCCAGAUAUACAGAAAUCAAUGUGAUGAGCAGCAGUGUUUCAAAGACCUUGGACCAGGCUCUGUCACUUGCAACUAAAGUGCAGCAGACUCACGAAGAGCUGUGUGUCUGGUUGGACAGUGUUGAAGCAGAGCUAGUGGCUUUUGAAGCCCAGGUUCCUGUGGGAGAACAAUUAUCUCAAGUACAGGAGAGGCAAAAGGAGCUCCUGAAGGAAGCCAGAGAGCACAAGGCGCUGGUGGACAGUUUAAAUGAGGUGAGCAGUGCCCUCCUGGAGCUGGUGCCCUGGAGAGCGAGGGAGGGGCUUGACAAGCUGGUGUCCGAAGACAACGACAGGUACAAGUCAGCCACCGACGCCAUCUCUCAACAUGUGGAGGCGAUUGAUGCGGCCAUACUGAAGUCACAGCAGUUUGAACAAGCAGCUGAUGCUGAGGUUGCCUGGCUGACAGAAGCUGAGAGGAAGCUGACUUCAAUGGGGGAAAUCAGGCUGGAGCCAGAUCAGACUACAGCUCAGCUUCAGACACAGAAGGCCUUCUCCAUGGACAUCAUGAGGCACAAGGACACCAUUGAUGGAAUUGUGAAAACCGGAGAAGCGUUGAUGAAGAGCCGAGACGAGGAGGAGAAGCAGUGCUUACAGGAGAAGAUUAAGACCCUCCUGGAUAAGUACAACGCCGUCAGCCAGAUGAGCUCCGAGAGGAGCCUCCAGCUGGAGCGAGCGCAGUCUCUGGCCAGCCAGUUCUGGGAGACGUAUGAAGAGCUGUGGCCCUGGCUUCAAGAAACCCGCAGCCUGAUCGACCAGCUCCCUCCGCCAGCCAUCGAGUACGACACCCUGAAGCACCAGCAGGAGGAGCUGAGGCAACUGCGGGAGCUGAUUGCAGAGCACAAGCCGCACAUUGACAAGAUGAACAAGACAGGCCCGCAGCUGCUGGGGCUGAGUCCCGUGGAGGGCGUCUCUGUCCGGGAGAAGUACACGGCCACGGACCGGCUCUACGCCCAGCUGAAGGAGGAUGUCAAAGAGCGGGCCGCAGCCUUGGACGAAGCCAUCUCCAAAUCCACCCAGUUCCAUGACAAAAUUGACCCAAUGCUCGAGUCUCUGGAGCGCAUUGUGGAUCGCCUGAGACAGCCUCCCUCUAUAUCAGUGGAGGUAGAGAAGAUCAAAGAGCAGAUUGCAGAAAACAAGUCCGUGUCUGUAGACCUGGAGAAGCUCCAGCCAGCCUAUGACACUCUGAAACAGCGUGGAGAGGAGAUGAUUGCACGAUCAGAGGGCGCAGACAAGGAUAUAUCAGCUAAAGCUGUGCAAGACAAGUUGGACCAAAUGGUGUUCAUCUGGGAAGAUAUCCAAGCUCUUCUGGAAGAGAGAGAGGCUAAACUCCUGGAUGUGAUGGACCUGGCAGAGAAGUUCUGGUGUGAUCACUGUGCUCUCAUCGUCACUAUAAAGGACACACAUGACCUCCUUCGAGAGCUGGAGGAGCCCGGGGUCGAUCCCUCUGUGGUCAAACAGCAGCAGGAGUUUGUAGAGAGUUUCAAGGAAGAAAUAGAUGGGCUGCAGGAAGAGCUGGAUGUGGUUCGUAACCUGGGAGCUGAACUGCUGUCUGCCUGUGGGGAGCCUGACAAACCUGUCAUCAAGAAGAGUAUCGAUGAGGUGAACUCUGCCUGGGAGACCCUGAAUAAGACCUGGAAGGAGAGGGUGGAUAGACUGGAGGAUGCCAUGCAGGCAGCUGUUCAGUUCCAGGACGGACUGCAGGGGCUGUUCGACUGGGUUGAUAUUGUCGAGAAUAAACUGGACUCUAUGUCACCAGUAGGCACGGACCUGGAGACUGUGAAGCAGCAAAUAGAGGAACUUAAGGACUUCAAGGGAGAGGCCUACCAGCUUCAGAUUGAGAUGGAGAGGUUGAAUCACCAGGCUGAGAUCCUGCUGAAGAAAGUUGCUGAGGAGAGUGACAAGUGCACCAUCCAGGAGCCCCUAACUGAACUUAAAAUGCUGUGGGACAACCUUGAUGAGAAAAUUAUCAACAGACAGCACAAGCUGGAGGGGGCGCUGCUGGCCCUGGGGCAGUUCCAGCAUGCCCUGGAUGAGCUGCUGGCCUGGCUGACCCACACCGAGGAGCUGCUGAAUGAGCAGAGGAAGGCGGGGGGCGAUCCCAAGGCCAUUGAAAUCCAGCUCGCCAAGCACCACGUGCUCCAAAAUGAUGUACUUGCCCAUAAGACCACAGUGGAGGCGGUAAACAAAGCAGGAAAUGACCUCAUAGAGUCCAGCGCAGGAGAAGAAGCCAGCAGCCUCCAGAGUAAGCUGGAAAACCUGAACCAGAGGUGGCAGGCCAUUCUUGAGAAAACAGAGCAGAGGAGGCAACAUCUGGACAAUGCUCUGCUCCAGGCUCAAGGUUUCCAUGGUGAGAUUGAGGAUAUGCAGCAGUGGCUGAAAGACACAGAGCGUCAGCUGUUAGCAUCAAAGGCUGUUGGAGGUUUACCAGAAACAGCCAGGGAGCAGCUUAAUGUCCAUCUGGAGCUGUGCAGUGUUUUCGAGGCCAAAGAAGAACUGUGCAGUCAGCUGAUGCAGAGAGGACAACAUUUGCUCACAAUCGUUCAUGAGGGACAUGAUUCGAAUACAGAGCAAGACCUCAGGAACCUGAAGGAGAAAUGGGAAUCAGUGCAGACAAAAAUGACUGAAAGAAAGGCUAAACUGGAGGAAGCACUAGCCCUGGCCACAGAGUUCCACAACUCACUGCAGGACUUCAUCAACUGGCUGACUCAGGCAGAGCAGACUCUCACCAUGGCCUCCCCCGCUAGCCUGAUUCUGGAAACCAUCAUGUUCCAGAUUGACGAGCACAAGGUGUUUGUAACAGAGGUGAAUUCACACCGUGAGCAGAUCAUUGAGCUGGACAAAACCGGAACACACUUGAAGUAUUUCAGCCAGAAGCAAGACGUUGUCCUUAUUAAAAACCUGUUAAUUAGCGUACAGAGUCGGUGGGAGAAGGUUGUCCAGAGAUCAGUGGAGAGGGGGCGAAUUCUGGAUGAUUCCAGAAAGCGUGCCAAGCAGUUCCAUGAAGCCUGGAACAAGCUGACUGAGUGGUUGGAGGAAUCCGAAAAGGCUUUAGAUUCUGAACUGGAAAUAGCAAAUGAUCCAGGCAAGAUUAAGAUGCAACUGGCACAGCAUAAGGAGUUUCAGAAAGCCCUGGGGGGCAAACAUUCAGUGUAUGACACCACCAUCAGGACUGGACGUGCUCUGAAGGAGAAGACCUGCCUGCAUGACGACAACCAGAAACUGGACGACAUGCUGAGCGAGCUGAGAGACAAAUGGGACACAGUGUGUGGGAAAUCUGUGGAAAGGCAGAACAAACUGGAGGAAGCUCUGUUGUUCUCAGGGCAGUUUACUGAUGCGCUGCAGGCUCUCAUUGACUGGCUUUACAAGGUGGAGCCCCAGCUAGCUGAAGACCAGCCAGUUCAUGGAGAUAUAGACCUUGUACUGAAUCUGAUCGACAAUCACAAGGUCUUCCAGAAGGAGCUGGGGAAGAGAACCGGCAGUGUCCAGGCUCUGAAACGCUCGGCCAGGGAGCUGAUUGAGAGCAGCCAUGAUGACUCCUCUUGGGUCAAAGUUCAGAUGCAGGAGCUGAGCACCCGCUGGGAGACUGUGUGUGCCCUCUCUGUGUCCAAACAGACCCGGCUGGAGCAGGCUCUCUGUCAGGCAGAGGAAUUCCACUCCACUGUGCAUAUUUUGCUGGAGUGGCUGGCUGAGGCUGAACAGAGCCUGCGUUUCCAUGGCACCCUCCCAGAUGAUGAAGAGGCACUUCGCACACUUAUAGAUCAACACAAGGAGUUCAUGAAGAAGCUAGAAGAGAAGAGAGUUGCUCUGACUAAAGCAAUGGGCAUGGGCGAAGCAAUUCUCACCAUCUGCCAUCCAGACUCAAUCACCACAAUUAAACACUGGAACACGAUCAUUAAAGCUCGCUUUGAGGAGGUGCUUGCUUGGGCCAAACAGCACCAGCAGAGGUUGGGAAGUGCUCUCAGCGAGUUGCUCAGUAACCAGGAGCUGCUGGAGAACCUGCUCGGUUGGCUACAGUGGGCAGAGACCACCGUGAAAGAGAAGGACAAGGAGACGCUGCCGGAGGAGAUCGAGGAAGUGAAAACACUGAUUGCAGAGCACCAGACCUUUAUGGAGGAAAUGACGAGGAAGCAACCUGAUGUUGACAGAGUAACUAAGACACACAAGAGGAAGGCCGUGGCAGAACCUGUCCCUGUCCAGUCCCACAUCCCUGUUCUGGAUAAAGGAAGAGGGGGAAGGAAGCGCUCUCCCACGCAAGGGAUGUAUCCGUCAGCUCCACAGGCCCAGAUUGAAACCAAGAACCCUCGCGUCAACCUCCUGGUCAGCAAGUGGCAGCAGGUCUGGCUGCUGGCCUUGGACAGGAGGAGGAAGCUCAACGACGCUCUGGACCGACUGGAGGAGCUGCGGGAAUUCGCCAACUUUGACUUCGACGUGUGGAGGAAGAAGUACAUGCGCUGGAUGAACCACAAGAAGUCGCGGGUGAUGGACUUCUUCCGCCGCAUCGACAAGGACCAGGACGGCAAGAUCACGCGGCAGGAGUUCAUCGACGGCAUCCUGACCUCCAAGUUCCCCACCAGCCGCUUGGAAAUGAGUGCGGUGGCAGACAUUUUUGACCGCGAUGGCGACGGCUACAUAGACUACUAUGAGUUUGUAGCAGCUCUUCAUCCAAACAAGGAUGCGUACAAGCCACUGACAGACGCAGACAAAAUAGAGGACGAGGUAACUCGGCAAGUGGCAAAAUGCAAAUGUCCCAAAAGAUUCCAGGUGGAGCAGAUUGGAGCUAAUAAAUAUCGGUUCUACCUCGGAAAUCAGUUCGGAGACUCCCAGCAGCUGCGUCUCGUCCGUAUCCUCCGCAGUACUGUCAUGGUCCGCGUGGGAGGUGGCUGGAUGGCACUGGACGAGUUUUUAGUGAAAAACGAUCCGUGCAGAGCGAAAGGCAGGACAAACAUGGAGCUGCGCGAGAAGUUCAUGCUACCUGAGGGUGCCACACAAAUGAUCAGCUUCCGAUACCGGGGUCGGAGGUCACGCCCAUCGUCCCGGGCUGCGUCCCCCAACAGGUCCUACUCCAGCCACAGUGCUUCCGUGCCCCCUAUCCCGGCCGCAAGCACACCCAAGACUCCCCAACAUUUAACCCGCAAUUAUGAUAAACCAUGGUUGACAAACAGCAAAACUUCAACUCCUAUUAAAUCUGCAGACUCCUUUGAAAGUCAACUUUCAUCUACGGAGGGUACGCCGAUACAGGGAAGCAAACUCCGUCUUCCUGGAUAUUUGUCAGGCAAAGGCUUCCAUUCAGGAGAGGAAGGUUCUCUCAUAUCAGCUGCAGCAUCUAGAGCCAAAUCACAGGCAAUAGAGUCUAAGAAGAUCCCCAGCAGACCUGGGAGUCGAGCAGGCAGCAAGGCUGGCAGCAGAGGAAGCAGUCGGAGAGGCAGCGAUGCCUCCGACUUCGACAUUUCGGACAUCCAGUCCGUGUGCUCCGACAUGUCAGAGACUGUGCCAGACGCCAGCAAGCUGGGGCCCAGAGCAGGGCCCCGGACGCCCUCUGCCAAGCCUUCCAAAAUCCCCACGCCUCAGAGGAGGACCCCUGCUGCUAGCAAACUGGCCAAGCCUUCCAAAAGAUAGUGGGGUGUUCGGACUGGCCCCGUGACGAGACUACAAUGUGCAUUAAAAUAUUUAAAGGUUGCAAGAUGUAAAAUAUUCUGUAGAAAUGAUUGUGUAAUAUUGAGCAGGCAGUUUUGAAUGCAGAUGGCCUUAUGUGUAUUUGUCUUGUAUUUUAUUUUUUGUGAAAAAUGUAUUUGUCAGAUUGUUAUUAUUAUUAUAAUAUUAUUUUAUUAUUUUAUUUUUGACGCCAUACUCUUAAGAGGCUGACAAUGAGUACUUUCCAUUGUAAGGUAAACUAACAAUUCUACACGCUACCUUGUAACUGUAACACUACAUAUUGCUCUGGAAUAAUUGCUGAAUGUACUUUUAAUUUUUUUUAAAACUGACCUGCAAGUGUGGCACAUUACUGGACUCUUGGUGGUGAAACAUUUAUUUAUAUUUCUUGAUUGUGCAGUAAACAGCUGUUAGAAUGAAUGAAGGGACAAGUCAGUGCACAACACUACAACACAAAUUCAGCCUAAUGUGAAAGCAAAAUUUAAAAAAUUCACUCUGCAGAAAACUGUCCGUAAACAAUUAAAGUCUUGAACUCUUAAAUUAAGCUCUUGCAGUUACUAUUAUUUUUGACUGUCUUACAGAAAUCUGUGCCAUUUAUUUAACUGUGACUGGAGUGAUUCUGACUCCGAUAACACUAGUCAUUCAUUACGAUGUGCGUUCAUGUUGAUGUAUGGUUUGAUUCUGCUCAAGUGAACAGGGGCACUGUAUCACUUAAUUUUAUAAUAAAUCUGCUUGCAGAAAGCUAAAAUGAUAUGCAUAGUUCCAUAGCCUCUUAUUCAUCACCCACACAUUGAAUGACUGUGUUUGAUGAAAGAAACUGGAACAGAAAUAAGCCAAGGAGUUGUGGUACCUUGAUGGAAAAUAAACGAAUUGUGAUAUAUUUCAAACAAGGGGAAUCGGAACAAGAUUCACAGACUGUGUACUGUAUAUAGGCAGCACAAUAUUUCAUUGUUCAUGUGACGGGGAUAACUGAAAGACACACUUUGUUUUUCCAGUGCUGAUUUCCAAGAUAAAUCUGUCCGGUUUGUUUUAAAAGAGAAGGACUCUUGGCCUAAAGUAAGCUAAGGGAUUUAAGGUUGGGAAAGGAUCUUCUGUCAGCAAAACAGGAGUUGGAGGGAGAAAAGAGGAGAUGAAUGAAGAUCAAACCAAGUUGAUGGCUUUAAAAUCUCACGGGCGGGGGAAGAGAAUGUUUUUUUUGUUGCUGUUAACACUAAAUACUGAGAUUGUAGGUCAUGCCUGGAAGACGAUGUUGAGAAUAAAACCUAUUAAUGGCACAGUAUGAAAGGAAGUUAUGAAGUUAUGGAUUGAACUAACUGUUUUUUACGUCAGUCACACAUGGAGAGGGCGGCAUGUAUUUUCAAAAGGAGGGAAACUAAAUGGGCAGUUUGAGAGGAUCGAAAUUCAAAGCAUUAGUGCAAUUCAAAGCACUGAGCAGAAGUCCAGGCAAGGGCAUGAUUCCCAGAUUCUGCUUUUCAGAGUUUUAAACUUAGCAUUUUUUGCCCAGAAACAUAUCAAAGCACUUUAGGAGUGGAUCCUGCUGCAUCCACUGCUAAGGGAAGCACCUACCUAAGUGAAAUGCAGCCCUUCUGCCCAAGCCGCUCACUGCAUAGCAGAUAAUUUAGAGAAGGGAGAACCGCUUACCGGUGGAAUUGGAUACACCAGGGUGCCAGCAUUUUUCUGUGAUUUCUUGUUUCAAAAUCCCCUUGCAUAAUUUUAAAGCACCAGACAUUAUCUAAGGAAUCACUCACGCUUGUCAGAAGAACCAAAAUGCUUUAACACAGGCACCCGAAGGUAAGACUACAGUGUAAGGAAAAAAUACAAAGCUUUCUGCUACCUCAUUCCUGCAACGGACAAGUCUUCAGUAUAGAAUUGUUCUUGUUGUUAGCUUUCUUCAUGAAUGUACAUCUCUAUGGGAAGUUGUGCCACUAGUCCAUUAAGGAAUUGAUCAGUACUUUGUACUGCACAUUUGCUGAACUGCAGAUAAAUGCAAACAUAGGUUGUGUUUGUCCUAGAUCAGUUGGAAAUAUGCCACUGUGCAGUCAUUGUAUCUCAGCAACAAUGCAGUAUAAAUGGGGACCACAGGGGGGCAGAAUUUCUCUGUGUGAGGUCUUCCACCUGCUGUCUUGUGGUCAAGUCCUUGCACUAUAUUCAUUCAUUUUCCCUGCACAACUAUACUGCUCUUUUUGAAAAUUUCGCAGUUUUAAAAUCUGAUUAUGAUGGUGCAUAAUCAGAUUGAAGUGUAACAGACAAUUCAUAAUACUUUGAUGUAUUUAGGAAGAAGCAACAGCUGGGAGAACAGUGGGUAUUUUGGUACCUCUUUAGUUUUGCCUGGAAACUGUUCUUUGUUUGCAGCCUGUGGAAAGGUUUUGUAUCACUGAACAUUUUAUUCCAAACGAUUAAAGAAUAAGAUGGAUUCGCUAAGAACCUGUCAUAGACAGCAUUCCAGCUGCAAUCCAAAACAGCUCUGCCUUUUAUGGAUACUGACAAAACCCAAACAUUUCCAAAGCAGCUGAGUCUUUACAGUCCUCUGCUUAACCAGUUGGAAUAUGGCACCUGGAAGGAGCUGUACAAAAUCAGCAAAGCAAAUUCAACCCAGAUGAGAAAAAGUAAUCAUUGGUGCUUUCAUCAAUAUUACCUCUCUUAGGAUGUUUCCCUUUGUGCUUGCCUAUGUGUGUUUGGUAUCGCAGUCUCUGGGAAGGUGUAGUUUGUGAAAUAUAAUCUUGAAGUUAUGCUUUCAUAAAUGGUAAAAACACUGUGGAAUAAAGCAUACUUAAAUGAUCAAAUACUGUGUAUGCCUAAUGUGGCAAUUAUUGAUUUUUUGGUACAGUAUCUACAUUACUGUGUCACGUUGAAAGGUACCAAAUAUUCUUGUGCACAAGUUAAAAGUAGAAAUCGCACUCUAAUCAUGACCACGAUGUGACUUACAUUUUGCCCAAAAUGUGAGAUUUUGAGCGUCUUAAAACAAACGUGCAAAUAAAAUCGAAACGCUGUAA